GUAAAUUCGGGAGUAGGACAACGUUAAAGCUAAAGGAACAUCGAAUGGUCAUUGUAAGGAGCUCUAUGAAGCUCUUUGUAACUAAAAUUAAUAUACAUAAAAAAUUAAAUUUAUCAUAUGACAUUGUCAUAGUGUUACAGAAUACGACCUCAGGUCAAAGCAAUAGAACAGUUCUUUUUUUCGGUUUUUCUAUUAAAAAUUCCAGAAUUAUCAUAAUUAUUCUCUUUAAGAUUCGAGCAAUAAAAUAUCUUUUGGGAAGAUUGAAACCAAAGAGCUCAAGGUUGAUCAUCACUGCAUGAAUAGCAUUUAAAUACAUUUAAAUUGUAAAAAUAAGUAGACAUGUCUAUUUGUUCUUAAAGUAAUUUUGCUUGCAAGUAUUUGUUGUAUGUAAGGGACAAGAGAUUGUCUCUUGGACUACAGAAAAGUUAUAAAAGAGAUAAGGUAUGGGUCGCGCGGGAGAAGGAAAAAUCUUACAAACUUGUCCUAUUUGUCUCUUUCAACGACAAUUAAUGAAAAAAAAGAGAAAAUCAACAAAAGCUCUAUAUAUUGAAAAAUAUUGAUACGAUAUACUCUGAACUUAUUUAAAUAAAUGUAUACUCUGAAAGGUUCAAGAGAGAAUUGCUAUUGCAAACCAUGUAAUAAAUUAUUUUUCUCAGUGUCUGUUGAAACAUAUUUUCAAUAUCGUUUUUGAGUAUAUAGAGAAGAGGGAUUUGUUGUAUGGGUUUUGGCCUGGAUGUAUGAGUGAUCUCAAAGUGAUCGUACGAGUGGAUGGAAUUUCAUGUGUGAUCAGUUGAAUUGAGAACUCAAUCGAUUGCGGAUGAUUUUCUCUUGUCUGGGAGAAGAGCAAGAAAACAAGAAAAUAAUUUGCCUUAUUUGAUGCAAAACAAAAGUGGUAGCGGCUUAGCAACAAAAUUAAUGUUGAAUUAAAAGAAAUUGUGAUUGUUCAAAAGAAAGAACAAAAAGUUAUUUUGUGAAAAAAAAAACGUACAAUAUUGAAGUUUUUUUAUGUGGAUAAACUUGUGACACGUUUUUUUUUUGGAAUUAACAAGAAGUCUUCAAUCUGCAUGAUCCUUUGGCAGGGGAAGAAAUUGAUCAUAAGCAGCGAUCCUCAGAAUUCUAGGAGCGUGGAUCAAUUUGCAUUGGAAUUUUUUACAAGACACGUUGCAUAAAUGAGAGAGAGAGUAAAAAAAUAAGGAGUGUUUCUAGGAUUGUUUCUAUAUGUAAAUAUUAAGGACUGGACACUGGCUCAAUCCGUGAGCAUGAUCUAUACAUGCGCUUAUCGUUAUACUUGGAACCGUGAAAUUGUCUUCAAUUCACAAAAAUUGGUGAAGAGACGACCAAAACAGUAAGGAAAGAAACUGUUGGAACUAUUUAUUACCGUCUAAGCAAAAUAUACAUAUACUAAAAAAAACAAUAAUAAUAAAAAACGCAACAGUUGCAGAAGAAUAAAAAAAAACAUUCCAAUUUAAAUAAAUAUUUACUUAGAUUAAACAAAAAAAAUAAGGAAAAACUAACACUAAAAUUAGUUAAAACAAAUAUUAAAAAAAAGAAUAUUUAAUAAAAGAGAUUUUUAAAUGAAUUAUCUCAAUUGCCAUAAUACAUUCCACUCAGAGGAUUCAUAGUAAAACAAAUAAAUAAAUAAAAUAAAAAUAAUUCUGUGCCUGUUGAAGAAUUAAAAAAAAAGAAAUUAAAAAAAAAGUUUUAAAUAUCUGUGUUAUAAAAGAAAAAAAUAAAUCCAAGUUAUUUUUUUUAAGUCAAAAGAAAACAUCAUUGCCAUAAUUUAACGUACAAGUUUUAUUUUUUAAAAUUUAUAUGUAUUUUGUAAUUGUUGAUUAAUAAGAAAAGCACGGUUUCCAAGGUAAAAGAAUAACGAUAACGAAUUCUCUCUCUCUCUGACGUGUUUGUGUGUGUGUGUGUGUGUAAGGGGAUUACCACACCAUUUGCACCUGUGCACACCUCUAAAGAGGUGGGAAGAUAUUGCGCGGGAAAAAUUUAGGGAUAAAGGUGUUUUAGAGGAAAAGCUACACUCAUGAGUACCUACAUGAUAUCAACGUAUGAACAAUGGCUCAACGAAAAGAUGAUAAUUCCGAGCCUGGAUGAAUAUCCGCCACCGCCACUUGAGCCAAUUGCCGUGAAGAAGCAUGAUACUCAGGAGCUUCUUCAGGAAUUUGAAUCUGUUUACGAUGCCGUGGAGUUGACUCAUUUGACACCACCACAGACUCCACCUCAGACAUCUCCACAGAGAAUAACUUUUGGGGAGGCUGCACAAUGCAUUGAUCAGACCUUCAUCUACCAGGAGCCUGUGCUCUAUGAGACAAUUUCCACACCAGCAUCUUUCUAUGCUCUGACCCAAGAACAGAAUGGUGAUAAGUGUGACAAUGCUCUGCAAUUCACGCUGUCGUCAUUUAGUGGGCAGGAGCAGCAGGAAGUUGGUGUUGUGGAUGGUGGGAGUUUGGUUGAGAUUGUUCAGUCACCGAUGCCCGAGGACAUUGACCAUGAGAUGGAGUUGGUGGAUGAGCUGGUGCGCAGUAGAGCGCAGGAUUUGCCAGAUUGGACGGAUGAUGACAAUAGUUCAGAAUUUACGUCCUCUCCGGCAAGUUCCUCACCACGAAGUGAGGCAUCAUUCAGUGGAUCUAGCUAUUCGCAGGAUGAUGAGUGGCUGCCGGAGUCACGGGCGGCAAAGGGGUCAAAGGGAUCGGCGGCGGUGGGUGGAAGUGGGAUAUUGGGCGGUGGUGGCGUCCGGAAGCGGUCACGCCCCUAUGCCCGAGGGUCCGAAGAUAAGAAAUCCAGGAAGAAGGAACAAAAUAAAAAUGCCGCAACACGCUACAGGAAGAAGAAGAAGCAGGAGAUUGAGGAGGUGCUGGAGGAGGAGAGGGCCCUGCAGCGUGUCCAUGAGAAGUUGAGCGAUGAAGCAAAAGACCUCAAGCGCGAGAUUAAGUACCUGAAGGGUCUCAUGCGUGAAGUGUACAAGGCAAAGGGUCUUCUUGAUUGAAUCUGGGCUUAACGGCGUUAUCACACUUGCACAUUAAAAUUUUAAUGUGAUUCACAUUAAUUGUCGCUUGUGAGCAUCCAAAUAUAUUAUUUGUGUCUUUGAGUCACUUAUUAUUUGGGGUUUUUCUAUUUAUUGAUAAAGAAGUGGACUUGGCCUGCAAAAAUAAGUUUAAAUUUACCUAAAGCAUAAAUAUUUUUCACAUUAAAAAAUUAAUGAGAAAAUUGCAUUAAUUUUUCGCAUUAAUGCUAUAAAUAAAUUUAUAUCAAAUUUUACGGGCCAACUCUACCUUUUUAUCAACAAAUAGAUCAAAUUUUGAAUUUAAAAUGAUUCAACCACACAAAUUACACAUUUGGACUCUCACUAGCGACAAUUAAUGUGAAUCAUAUUAAAAUUUUAAUAUGCAAGUGUGAUAACACAGUGAGAUCUUGAGCCUCUAUUUAUCUUUAAUGUCCUUUAUUUUUUAAUUAAACAUUUUCUUCAGAAAAUUACAUUUUCCCCUAUUAUUAUUUUUUUUAUAUUUUAGAUUUUUUAGAAGUUACAAUUUUUAUUUUCUUUUUUAUUUACCACCUAGAAUUGACCGUAAUUAAGAUUGAUAUAAAUGAUAAUACUAAUUCUCUAGUGAGUAGCUGGGCAUAUAUUAAUGCGAUGAUGUUGAAAACAAAGUUUUUUUUAUUAAGACAUCAUCGAAAUUAAUAAAUGAUUAAAUGUAGUUUGAAAACAAAAUAUUAAUAAAUAAAUAAUAAGAAAAAUAAAAUUAAUUGUAGAACAUUCUAGAGAUAUUCGCAAAGAAAAUUAAAAAAAUACAAUUAAUAUAUGUUUAUCUGUAGCAAAAUAUGUCAAUACUUCUUACAACAUUUACUCAGAAAAAAAAUGAUGAUGCAGUGAGUUGUAUAGUUCGUUGUCUUCUUGGCACUGUAACUUUAGAUUAGUAAUCCCCUUUCUAUUCCACAAGAAAAAGCAUACACCUUGCCCCUUAAAUCCUUCCCCCAAAAAUACAAAAAAAAAACAAAAACUCCAGAAAUUUCUCCCCCAAAGACUCCAAUUUUGCUUGUGACGUAAGAUUACUGAAGUUUUCAAAUGGAGUCUUUUGGGAAAGAUUAAUUUUUUGGUAGUUCCCAGGGGGAAAAAACUUACACCGAAAUUGCAUUUUUCUGUUUACCUUUACAAAACACAAAAAAACAAGAAAAAGUAAGAUUGACAAAUUAAAUAUAGUUCUCCACUUAUCAAAAAAAAAUCUGUUUAAAAAACAUUUUUGUACAAUUCUUAUUUGUUUUGUGAAUAUUCUGGCUUUAGACAAGAAUAAGUUCAAGAUUGUAUAAUUAUUUGAAUAACACUUUGAUCUUGUAUUUGGAUUUCAAGCAAAAUAUUUCAAAUAAAGGGUUUACAUAUGGAUAAAAAA